AUGAGUUUUAUUACCUGGAUCUUAUUACUACUAUCAUGCAAUCUAUUAACAUAUUCUGCAUCUGCAUUGCGAGAGACCACUAUCCAGUACAAGCCACUUCCAUCCCUCCGAGAGCAAGCUCGGAUUCGAGAUCAUUGGCUCAAGGAAAGGAUCUCACGUAUUCCCUCUCUCCUUAAAAAACAUGGUGUGGAUGCUUGGCUGAUGAGCCAAAGAGAGCACGCUGAAGACACUAUCUGGUGGUCAAUCAAGAAUGCCACCGAUUAUGAUGCUCAUAGACGCACCGUUCUUCUAUUCCAUACAAACGAAUCUGCACUUGAAGUCCUUGAGGACUUCAAUCCUCCACGCAUUGCUAUCAACGUUGACCGAAAUAUUGCGUUUGCUGGAGGUUUGCAUGUCGGGGAGUAUGACACCACAGCACAAGCCCUUGGCCCCGAAUGGAUGCACCGGAUGGUAAACGUUCCCCUGCUUGGCAUUGAGUAUGUUACUACCAAACUGGAGACCCAACUCAAAUACUAUCGCGACGUGCAAGAUAUUGUUUGGCUUAUGAUGGAAGAGGGUUUCUCCCGCCAUACUAUCAAUCCAGGUGUGACGACGACUGAGGACUUAGGUUGGUGGUACCGCGAAAAGAUGCUCACGCUCAAUUUAACCACUUGGAACCAUCCCCGAAUCUCUGUCCUCACUGAGGAGUCAUUUCCUGGUUGGAGUGGCACAGACGACAUUAUUCAGCAAGGCGACUUACUACACAUUGAUUGGGGUAUAACAGCAAUGGGCAUGAACACUGAUACACAGCACAUGGCAUAUGUCCUCCGUGACGGUGAGACGGAUGCUCCCGAUAGUUUGAAGCAGGGUCUGAAGAAAGCCAACCGUAUGCAAGACAUACACCUUGAUAUAAUGAGAGCGGGAAUGACGGGGAAUGAAGUGCUUCAAAAUUGCCUUGCUCAAAUGAAGAUCGAAGGCAUCGAAGGACAAAUUUAUUCUCAUCCAAUUGGAGAUUGGGGUAAUGCAUUAUUCUACAUCUACAGCCUUCUUCUUCUUUCUGAAUACUUUUUCCUUAUAUGUUCAGGUCAUGAUGCAGGCGCUGUUAUUGGUGAGACUUCCGCUGUGAAAACGUUGGCUACCUGA